AUGCCGUCGUCGGAGGGAUCGUAUAGAGAUCUGGAGAAAAAGCUGAAAGAUGGACUAACUUCCAUUUCAGCUGACAUUGUGGACAAGUAUGGAAACUUGAAAGUGGCACUAAACAUCAACGCUACUGCCAAGUUGAUUUUUGAUAGACUCGAGAAUUUAGAAGAUCUUGCUGAUAUGUCAUCCCGUGAUUUGACGGCUCUUAUUGAGCAAGCCGAAAAAGAUAGUCCAGAAAUGCUUGCAGAAAUCAAAACUCAAGCGAAAUCUUGUGAAAAUCUGGUGGAAUUUCUGCAAUCAAUGAAAAAAGUUGAAGAGCAGUUGAUAAUUAUGCGAAGCAAAACGACGAAUAGAAUUGAAUGGGGAAACGCUAUUCUUGCUUGCAAAGACUUUCUAAAUGACACUAAUCUAUUGCUAGAAGGAAUACAAUGCGAAGGAUUCGAUAUGAGUAUUCCAUUAAAACAUUUCGCCGCUGAGUACUCGAUUCUCAGUUAUAACUGCCGCUAUCAGUUAUCUGCUGAUUAUGACAGAGCGAUGACCGUACCGAAGUUAUCAAAAAAGCAAGGUGGAGAUAAAUCUAACGUCUCUUUCACCGUUCUGAAUAUGUCAACACCAGAAGAUCACAAGAAUAUGAACGAAACUUUAUCAGCGAUGAAUAUGAUCGGACAGUUACCAGAACGUUUGGAUGCCUGGAAAACCGUUAUUCUGGACGUUUUCUGUGAAGCCAUCGUUUCUAGUCGUGAUGGUGUAGAUGUCUUCUUUGUUGACAAUCCAACACCCGAUCAAACGAGAUUCUUGAUCAAUCAGAAACUUCGUGGUAAAAAAGACAAAUCAAUGGACGUGGCAAAAGUUCUUGAAUCGAUGAAUGCAUUUUUCACAAGACUCGCAUCAGUUCUAAAAUCCUAUGAACUUCUUGAUGCAUGUGGAAGAUCAUUGAUUGUCAUGAUUGGUAGUGUCAUUGAAUCACAGCUUAUAACUAUGAUUCUGAAAGACGUUAUUGCAAUUGCUGCCCCGGUCACUGAGACUGCCGAUGAGGAUCAACAAAUGUUCACAGAUUUACUGGAUAUCGGAGAGGAAUUUGUCAGUAGAAUGAAAGAACUCGGAUUCUUCUCUCCUAAAGCGAAACUAAUUUUUGAACUUGAUAAAAACACGAUUUUCGUUGAUCGUCGUUGCUUUGCUAUCGUUUCGAAGGCCAACAAAUUGAUCAAUGAGACAUAUGAUAAACUUGUGACUGUUGGAGUCGAAGAUUCAGCACCAAAAGAUAUUGAUCUGCUCUCGAAGGCUUAUACACAUGCUGAAAAGUAUGGAAAAGAAUACGGAAACGAUCUUGGCCGACUCUGGAGUCACAACGAAGAAUCACAGUUUCCUUCCUUUUUCGCAUUUCAAAAAUGUACUGUCAGUGCAUCAACUAUCAGCUUCGUUAAUCUUUUACGUGAUAAUGUGAAAGCAGCAUUCGCAUCUGAAGACGAAGGUGCUCGUGCGAAGUUAGCACUCACUGCCGAGAAUAUCGUCCGUCUUUAUGUCAUUCAGUCACCUAGAAAGCAUGCUGAGUUGUUCAGUUCUAUUCCAAACAUGUCGGCAAUCUUCUACAACAACUGCCAUUACAUUUCACAUUGUAUCAUGACAAUCUCUUUUGAAGCCAGCACGGAAAACCAAAAAACGUUGCUCGAACCUCUUUUGUUGGAUUCCGUAAUCAGAUUACGUAAUGUUGCAGCUGAUUGUAUGGAGAAAACAUUGAAAAGAUGUAGACGAGAAAUGGCUGCUUACUUGGAGGAUCACAGUAUUUUCGAGCAUUUGCCUGCAAGUUACAAAACCACGAAAAGUACAUUCGCCCCGCCUGAAGAAAUGUCCGAAAUGGCUGAAGUUUUGGUACCAAAAGAAGAACCGAAAUUGAUUAAAUGUUUAGCCGCAUGUCUUCUUCACAUCCGCCUUAUUGCCAAGAACCUUCGUGAACCUCUAACUGAAGUGGUUUACUGCAAAGUUAUUGGGUCACUCAUUUCAUUCCUUCUGGAUUCACUCGUUAGACACGUAGUCACUACAUCCGAUUUCCGAGAAAACGAUGCGAAUGUGAUGGCUGAUGUCUUCAAGAAGUUGCUCGAAGUUGUUGCCAACAUUGUCACGUACCAAGAACAAUCGAAAGUUACUGAUUUCUGCGCAAGAGAGUAUUUCCGAUUGAACGAGAUUGUGUUCGUACUAGGAAAUAGAAUGCAGGACAUCGAACAUCGCUGGUUCAAUGCAAAAGGUCCAAUGGCGGAACAUCUCAGUCGAUCGGAAGUGGUUGGACUCAUCAAAGCGCUCUUCGCCGACUCCCAACACCGUAAUGACCUAAUUGCUCGUCUUUAA